AAGGAGUGUUGGGUUAGGCUGGAGUCCAUGGUGUGCUACAGAGCACCCAGAGCCUGCCCAGGAAGAGACGAAACAGACCAGGAAGGCAAGGCUUGUAAGGGAGUGUGGUUGUGUUUGCAGCCUUCUGUGACAUUUGAGGAUGUGGCCGUGACUUUCACAGAUGAAGAGUGGAGGCAUCUGCUUCCUGUGCAGAGGGCGCUCUACAAGACUGUGAUGCUGGAAAACUAUGAGAACAUCAUCUCACUGGGGCUUCCUGUUCCUCGACCUGACGUGAUUCUCCCAUUUCUUCAGUUGAAGAGCAGGCCCGAGCCAUGGACACAGGGGCUUCAUGGAUGUGAGGAGAAAGAAUGGCCAGACAGUGUCUCUCUAGACUGGGAGCCUAAGCCUGAGAUCCCAGAUGCUUCAGCAGGAACCCUGAGAGACAGUCAUAGAAGGCAAAGUCCUCUGUGCACUAAACUGGAAGUUCAGACACUAGCAGGUGGAUUGGAACCAGCAAAGGGAAGUCCUUCAGCAGAGACUUGCAAGAAACGUCUUUCCUCGAACAGAAGCUUGCAGCGAAGGCCAGCCCCAUCCAGGAAAGCCCUUGCUAAGCACCAAGACCAGGAAUGUAGUGACUGCGGGAAGACCUUCUUUGACCAUUCGUCACUCCUCCGUCACCAGAGGACUCACACUGGAGAGAAGCCCUAUGGCUGUCCUGAGUGUGGGAAGGCCUUCAGUCACAGGACCAGUCUCAGCAGUCAUCUGAUGUCGCACACAGGGGAGAGCCCCUAUGAGUGCAGCGCCUGCGGC